UUCAGGGAUUUAAAGAUGUAAACAUUCUGUGUGCGAUCAUGAGUGGUCAUUGAAAGCGGUUAUCAGUACACCAAACAAGGUUACUUAAUAUAGCUGGCGCGUGGCACCUGUAAUAUUCUCAUAUAACAAUGCAAGCUCUCCCACGCAAGGCAUGUCACUGGAACACCUGGUGUCGCAGACAAUGGUUUCAUCGAACAGUGAACAAACUCCAAGAUACCAUUCCACAACGUACAAACCCUCUCCAAAUUCAAAUGCUCUCUGAGACUUUACAUAAACAAAUUUUCAAAGAAACAGAACUUGCUGAAACCGUAAGUAAAAAAUUAAAGUCUGUAGAGAAUCAUCUCCAAAAACAUGGUUUAUGGAACCGUGCAACCACAGUUCUAAAUGAUGUGGACUUAAAACUGCCACCACUUCAAGGCAGUUCCAUUGAGGAACAUUUCUUCAAGAUAGCUGAACAGCAAAUAGCUGAGUAUAAGGCUAUGGCGGAGAGCCUGUGCAGCUCGGAAACGCCGCCACUGCCUGAGGAGUGGGUCUACAGCAAGGGCUGGACAAAGUAUUUCCCAGAUGGAUCCACGACGGCAGUGCCACACCCGGAGGAAGGAGCCCUUGUGUUUGAUAUUGAGUGUCUCGUGACUGAAGGACAGUUCCCCACCAUGGCAACCGCUGUUUCAGAUAAAUACUGGUACUCGUGGGUCAGUGAUUAUGUUGUUGAAGACAAGUUCCGCUGGUCUGACAAGCCGACUUUGGCGGACUUGAUCCCGCUGGAGACAAAGCGAGGCUCCAAUGCUCCCCCUGGUGGCCAGUGGCAGAAACGUCUCAUCAUCGGUCACAAUGUGGGUUUUGACAGAUCCUUCGUGAAAGAGGAAUAUUAUAUACAGGCCAAACCAAUACGGUUUCUAGACACGAUGUCGAUGCACAUCGCGAUCUGCGGCCUGACCAACUUUCAGCGGAUCCUGUACCAGGCGAGCGGCGGGAGAAGCAUGAGGAAGGAGGUCCUGGAACACCAGGAGAAGCAUCAGAAAUGGCACAGUGAUACAAGCGAGGACUGGAAGAGGAUCAGUACCAUGAACAACUUGAACGACGUGUACCAACUCCACUGCCAGGGGGCGCCACUGAAGAAAGCCACGCGGGAGGUGUUCAUUGAGGGCAACAUGCAGGACGUAAGGCAUCAGUUCCAGGAGCUGAUGAUGUACUGUGCCAAUGAUGUGCUGGCGACCCAGGCCGUGUUCCGGAAACUCUGGCCACAGUACCUACAGAGGUUCCCCCACCCUGUGACCCUGGCGGGGAUGUUGGAGAUGGGGACGGCGUACCUGCCGGUGAACACCAACUGGGAGCGGUACAAACAACAGUCGAACACCACGUACUCCGAGAUGCAGCGUGAGCUGAAGAACCUGCUCAUGACCCUGGCCAAUGAUGCCUGUGCCCUCUUGGAGAAUGAUGGGUACAAGGACGACCCGUGGCUCUGGGACCUGGACUGGACUGUCAAGGACUACAAGCUGAAGAAACUAUCCACCAAGUCUAAACCCAAGAAUCAGCUGGAAGAGAGUUCAGAUAACACAGAGGAAGAACCACCUUUCAAGAAUCCAAAUGGAGUUGACAUGUUGACAGCCAAAGAUUGUAUUAUUCAGACAGAGGAAGAGCAAGAGGAGAGAGAGGCUCUGGUUGCCAUGGUGAUGUCCACAGCUGGCAGGGUUCCUAAAAACGAAACUUUCAUGGCUGGGUAUCCUGCCUGGUACCGGGACCUGUGUCCCCGCCCUAAGGCUGAGAACUGGUACCCCGGCCCCUCCCUGAUCAGCACCCAGGUACGGGUCACCCCCAAGCUGCUCCGCCUCACCUGGGACGGCUACCCCGUCCACUACAAUGACCAGCACGGGUGGGGUUACUUGGUUCCCGGGGAGACGGAGUCUGAGAUGGAUCGGGAUUUGGCCAGUCAGGAUGACGAAGAGGAUUCGGACAAGGAGGAGAAACGGUUUCCAAUACAUUCCCUGCAUGCGUUCCUUGCUCACACCAAGCCGGAGCUGUACGGACCCGACUACGAGAAGAUCAAGCUGGCAGAGGACCCGCUAGGGAGAGGAUUCGAUGUCAAGUCCAUGGAGCUGGCAGAGUUGAGACGACACUGGGCCUUAGUCAACGAGACAAAGCCUCGCAAGCCUUUCUCUGCCUCCCCUGGUGACGGACCCUUUGACAUCAGUCUGACUGGCUGCGUGUUCUACAAGAUACCACACAAGGACGGCAACAGCAAGCGUGUGGGGAACCCUCUGGCCAAGGACUAUCUGCUGCGUGUGGAGGACGGCACGCUGCGUACGGCCACAGGGGCGGACGCAGAUCGGGUUUUGUCCCUGGGGAAAAUGUGCUCCUACUGGAAGAACAAUCAGCAGAGAAUUGAAGGUCAGAUGUCAGUGUGGAUGAAGAAAGGAGAACUCCACAAAAGCAUUACAAGCCAGGAGGACUAUGAGGAGGAUGGUUUGUACGGCGCAGUGGUGCCAAGGAUUGUCCCAGCAGGAACCAUCACACGCAGGGCUGUCGAACAAACAUGGCUGACUGCCAGCAAUGCCUACCCUGAUCGCAUCGGCAGUGAGUUGAAGGCCAUGGUCCAAGUUCCUCCAGGCUACCAUUUUGUGGGAGCAGACGUGGACUCCCAGGAACUCUGGAUAGCCUCCAUUAUUGGUGACGCCACCUUUCAGAAAAUACAUGGCUGCACCGCGCUGGGCUGGAUGACCCUGCAGGGUAACAAGGCCGACAAGACGGACCUCCACAGCAAGACCGCAGAGACUGUCAGCAUCAGCAGAGACCACGCCAAGGUGAUGAACUAUGGCCGCAUCUAUGGGGCGGGGCAGAGGUUUGCUGAGAGACUCCUGGUGCAGUUCAACCCCCGCCUCACCCCCGAGGAGGCAAAGCAGAAGGCUAAGAAGAUGUACAUGGCCACCAAGGGCAAGAGAAGCCAAUCAGGACUGUGGGUUGGAGGAACUGAGAGCCAUAUGUUCAACGGCCUUGAGAAGAUAGCAAGGUCAGAGGAACCAUUGACUCCAGUUCUGGGAUGUCGAAUCAGCAGAGCUUUGGAGCCGGAGCAUGUUCUUGACGAUUUCAUGACAAGCCGAGUGAACUGGGUCGUCCAGAGUUCCGCCGUGGAUUAUCUCCACCUGAUGUUGGUCAGCAUGCGCUGGUUGUUGGAGACAUUCUCCAUCAGGGGGCGCUUCUGUAUCAGUAUCCACGAUGAGGUCCGUUACUUGGUGAGAAGUGAAGAUCGGUACCGAGCUGCCCUGGCUCUGCAGAUCACCAAUCUGUGGACUCGGUCAAUGUUUGCAUCUAGGCUCGGGAUGAAAGAUCUGCCACAGUCAGUUGCCUUCUUCAGUAGUGUAGACAUUGACACCUGCCUGAGGAAGGAGGUUGUGAUGGACUGCAAAACCCCCUCAAACCCCCAUGGUCUGGCCAGGGGCUAUGGUAUUCCACAAGGUGCUGCUCUGGAUAUUUAUGAAAUACUCCAGAUAACAAAUGGGACGCUGUGUGCCAAGUCCCAGAAUAAGACAGCACUAGAUGGCGUUAAAGAGAACUGAGUUUGUCAAUGUCAAGGUCACAUUGUACGAAGGCUUUAUGACUGAAUCAUCUGUAAGUGAAACCAAGACAGUGUAUUAGUUGGUGGGCAUUACCACCACCGCGUGUGUGAGUGAGUGAGUGAGUUGGGUUUAAUGCUGCUUCGAACACUGUCAGUUAUCAGAUAUAUCCUGGCGGGUUACCUUAUGAAGGAAGUCCAAAGUGAUGGAGGUUGUUGGUUUGUUGUUUAACGCCGCACUCAGCAAUGUUCCAGCUAUAUGACGGCAGUCUGUAAAAUAAUCGAGUCUGGACCAGACAAUCCAGUGAUUGAUAUCAGGAGCAUCGAUCCACACAA